ACGGCCACGGCGCGGAGGCCCCUGGGGGUUCAGUCUGCCCGGACACACGAUCCCCCAACGGGCCGGCGCGGUGGGAGGCGGGUGGUUGGCUGCCUGCCGGCCGGCCGCUAGGUCUGCGCUGAAUACCGGCCGGCCGCGCGUGCGCGCCUGGGGCUAUGAGCGCGUGACCGGCGUCUGCCGCCCAGCGCUGGCAGAGUGACCGGGGGUGUUGGGUGCCGUCAGAGAGGCAGGACGCCAUAGUGUAUCACCGGCGCCGCCACCGAUUCAUGAUAGAGCGCCUCACGGCGAAGAAAUGCAAAAGAAGCAUGGUCAGUCAGCUGGAGGGCAUCUCAAUGGAAGUGUACAGACGAACGGUGGCUCCGGCCAGCUGUCUGACUUAUCCGAAGGAGAAGCUGGUGACGUGCUGGCGCCACCCGCACCAGAUGAGGGCAACGCUACGCACCUCGAGAGAAGGGUGGGACUCUUCUCUGGGGUUGCUCUAAUUGUCGGCACCAUGAUCGGAUCUGGGAUCUUUGUGUCCCCCAAGGGUGUGCUGGAGCGCACCGGAUCCGUCGGAAUGUGUCUUGUCGUGUGGAUGGGAUGUGGUGUCCUCUCCACAUUGGGCGCGCUGGCGUACGCCGAGCUGGGCACGGUGAUCCCGUCCUCUGGCGCCGAGUAUGUGUACCUGCUGGUGGGCCUGGGCAACCUGCCGGCCUUCGUCUUCUCUUGGGUGUGCUCGUUCGUGCUGAAGCCGAGCAUGCUGGCCAUCAUCUGCCUCUCGUUCGCCGAGUACCUGGUGGAGGCGUUUGUGGAGGAGUGCGAGCCUCCCGCCCAGGUGGUCACCCUGGUCGGAGUACUCACUAUCGGUGGCAUCACGUUCAUCAACUGCUUCAGCGUCACGCUGGCGACCAAGGUGCAGAACGUCUUCACUGCCGCCAAGCUGAUCGCCAUCGCCAUCAUCGUCGUCGGCGGCAUGUACUCUCUGGCCGAGGGCAACACGCAGUACCUGCGCCAGGGUUUCGAGCACACCACUAGUUCGGUGAGCGAUGUGGCCACGGCCUUCUACAGCGGUCUGUGGGCCUACGACGGCUGGAACAACCUCAACUACGUCACAGAGGAGAUCAAAAAUCCGUCCAGGAACCUGCCUCUGGCCAUCAUCAUCGGCCUGCCGUUGGUAACCGCCUGCUACCUGCUGGUCAACAUCUCCUACCUGGCCGUCAUGUCGCCCAUCGAGCUCCUCCAGUCAGAUGCCGUCGCCGUGACGUUCGGUAAUCGCAUCCUCGGUGUAAUGGCUUGGCUGAUGCCUCUGGCAGUCACCAUGUCCACUUUCGGCGCCGCCAACGGAACCUGCUUCACAUCGGGAAGGCUGUGCUACGCCGCCGCUCGUCAGGGCCAUCUGGUGGACAUCCUCAGCUACGUCCACGUCCGCCGCCUCACCCCGUCCCCCGCACUCAUCUUCAACGCCAUCAUCGCCAUUGCCAUGAUCGUGGCCGGCGACAUCGGCAGCCUGAUCGACUUCUUCAGCUUCACCGUGUGGAUCUUCUACGGCAUGGCCAUGGCGGCGCUGAUCGUCAUGCGUCGCACCAAGCCGGACGCGCCGCGCCCCUAUAAGGUUCCGAUCGUGAUCCCCUGGCUGGUGCUGUUCAUGUCCAUCUACCUGGUGGUGGGACCGAUCAUCGACGCGCCGCAGAUCGAGUACCUGUACGCGCUGGGCUUUGUGCUGGCCGGACCGCUCGUCUACAUACCAUUUGUCCAUUACAAGUGGACGCCGGCGUUUGUUGGGAAGACGACCCUUUUCUUCCAAAAGCUGCUGGAGGUCGUCCCGACAUCUUACGACGACUAGUCGGUACCACCAAAGUCGUCUGGAAAGACUGACAGUCGCUCAAAGUGACCCAGACCUCGUUGUCAGCGGCGACAACCGGCCUAACCAGACGGCAAGCGUAGAAACAGCGACCCAGCCUGUUUUACCAUCACGAUACAGAAGAAUGAACACGGCGAUCGAGAGUUAAGCGAUGGCAGAAGAUCAGAACAGCUAGAUGGCACUGGUGUACGAAAGUAGGAACGGGCAAGCUGCAAUCUCAAUCGUGUGAACGUCUUUCAUUGCUGCGUAUUCUUCUUUUGUACGUGCACGCAAGGUGACUAGUUUCUUUUGAAUUAAGUGUGCUGGUGUGAAGUCGGUUUGUUUUUCCUUUGCUUCCUUGUCUCGCACUUUGAUCCUUUAUUUUCUUGCCAGAGGUUGAUGCUGGUCAGAGCGUGAGGAGUCAAUGCUAAGAGGUUCAGUUGUGCCAAUAAUUGGCACAAAUCGUGCGAUAAAGCAUACCAAUUAAAGAUCAUUUGUUGCUUUUACCUUCUUAACCAGCUUUGAGCUUACCAAUUCAUUUAUGGUAAGUUCGCAUAAAGAUCAUCAUCAUACUCUACUUUUACUGAUGCCUUUUAUGAUAACCAAAGGUUUGUGUUCAGUUCUUAAAGACGCUAUGGUGUUUUUUUAUUGAAAGUAAACUUGAGUUACCGGAAAAUUUUGCUUAAGUUUGGUAAUGCCAUAGCCACAAAAAAGUCAAAAUUCCUUAUGAGCGACAGUGGCUCGACUCACCCGAAUGCGUAAAAAUAACAAGUAUGUUGUUCUGGGCCCCACCUAUUACAAAGUUAGCAGCCAGAUUUGCCUAGGAAGAGAAGACGGCUCUCUCACUACUGAAGAUCAAAUCAUUCCGAGAGGCAAGCCGUCAGAAACCAUCAGAACGUAGCCUUCGAGUGGGCUACUGUGAGCUCUGGAUAUCCUAAUCGGUAGCACCCCACGUUAUCCUUGCUUAUAGCCACUGUGGACAGCAGUGAGCUAUCCUAUGAUACCAAAAUCGCGAUUUACUGACCUGUUUUAUGCUUCUGAAUCGACGAUUUUACAGAAGAUAUAAAUUGUUUUUUUUUUUAAAUAUUGUGCGUGACAAAGCCUCUUGUUUCAUCCCUAGAGCGAAAAAUAGUAUUAAAAAAUUGUAUCCGCAUGCUGAUGCCAAAACCACCGCACGAUUGUCGAUUCAAUCUUAUAAAACUGACCCGGCGGCAGCGGUAUAUGACCACUCCUCUCCCGUGUGACUGAGGGCACCCAGUGUGGCCGGCACGGCGGACAGAGGAACCAGGAGUGGGGUCCACCCGGACCCGCGGGGGACUCUGCGGACCCAGGUGGGACCCGCUCGAAUGAUUCUGACCGCCGUUUGGCAACGCCGGGCUCCCCCGGCCAGCACGGAUUGGGAAAGGACGUACCUUGCCGCCGGUCACCCCUCGUAGCAGCACUUUGUUAUAUUUUGUAUUGUUGCUCGAGUAUUUUUGUACUCGGAGGAUGGCAGUGGGCUAGCGGCGGCAGGUCGCGGGGAGUGCAGAAGAGGCGGCAAAGCUCGAUGUUGUGCUCGUGGGCCGUGCUAGUAGUGACUGCUGCGCCUUAAUGGCUAGAUGUCUUCGCAACGAUGGCAGUAGCAAUCGGAUGUCUCUGCUACUCUGUGCUAUUCGCGUUACAUUGUCAAUGUAUAGGAAUACAGGGUGCUGAGCAAGGCUGGCUGCGCUCCAGAGCCGAUAUAUCGUACUAGUGUGACUUUAUAUAUCUUCUGUUGUUCUGUUGUCUAUUAUCUACUUUACAUGGCUCCAAAAAGGAUCAUUCCCGAGCCUGAAACUGAUGAUAUCGUUAGAGACUUGCCUCCUUUCUAGACGAGCAAAGGUUAGAUCAGUUUGCACCGCUGCCCCUUUCCCCGGUAGUUAGUUUUGUGUGUGCGAUCAGCGGUAAACGGGACUGCUGCGGUCGAACAGUCGUAUACCCUUGCGACCAGUUCGGUCCCACUGGCCGCGACCGACCGAGAGUGAUGGCGCCGCGUCGCGCUGAGCCGUGCUGCGCUCCACUGUAGAUGCGAUAUUUAGCCGUAGUAAGGUGAGACGAUCCCUGGGUUGUGUGGGCUCAGAGACCGUAUGAGAGUGUGGAAGAGGAAGGUUUGUGUGUGUCGGCUGCUGAUCAUGUCGACUCGCUGAAUGACUGAUGAUGUGACGCUGUGGAAGGGCAAGCGUUGAUGUGAGAGGAGACUGAAGGCGUAUAUGUAAAACCAAACAUUUAUCCCACCGAUUCCGCACGUAAAACUAAUAUCAGCGACACCUACUGCUAAAAAACGCGACCGUCGCGCAGCAGGACGUGACAUGUGCCGAAGUGGCACCUGCCAAAGGCACCAGCGUUAUAUCUGAUGUUCGUUACACCACAGAGGAAAUGGAUGUGAGGUAAUUGACGAGGAGAGCUGUGCAGCGAUGUUUUGCGAUGAUGACUGGUUGUUCGGCAGCAAUAUGGCGGGGCGUGCUGUGAAGUAAAACUGGCAUGGCUGCGGCAGGGUCGUCGCUGAUUAAGAUAGCAUUAAAUAUGCUGUUUGUUAUUCAAUAAACGUGUGAAUCGA